GCUCAUUUCGUUCCAGCGGAAGGGUGGCCUUCGAAUCAAGACUACAACAUUCGUCAGGCUUGCAACUCUUCGGUCCAGGCAAAAUGUCCGAAUCCUAUCAGAACAACCUCUUCGAGGAUCACAAUGGCACUGAAGGUCUCAGUCUUGACAUGUACGAGGCUGGGGAAGGCGACUUUCAUGUCUUCAAUGUUGCCCCAGACCAUUACCAUCGACAAGAAGCUCUACAACGCACCGGCGCCGUGGAGAUCAAUUGUAGCAUCGAAAAGGUCGUGCAUGGAGCCCUUGCUCCUGAUAGCGACUACUAUGCAACUCUCAUGGUUAUGCAAUGGUUCUUCCAACCUAAGAAUGGGCGGCGAAUUUCUGAGGCCACUAUUGAACUCCUCUUCGAGGCUGAAUCGAGUGACACAGAGAUCGAAGUCAAGGAGGUUUCCUUUCCCGAUACAUACAGUCUAAUGCCAACAACUCAGGAUGAGUCGGUCACCAAGGGCGCUGAGACAACUGUCGGCGUGGAGCAAGUCGGCCAACUGAGCUUGACUGGAAAGUGGGAAAAGACGAUCACAAAAACAACAUCAGACGCCAUUACACUGAGCGGUGGAAAGCGUAUGGUUAAAAGCAUGCCUCCCAACCGUAUUGCAAGAUGGGUGCUCUCCGAGAACGAAUCGCAACCAGCUGGAAUUCCCGCAUCGCUCAAGGUGGCGGUACUUAUCAUAAGAGAUGAUGAGGAACGGUUCAGAUGCAAGCUGGCUCUUGAGUGCAAGACGGAUUUGAAAACACGAUUUCAAGGUCUCUUUAAAAAGAUCCCGAAAGACUACCCUAUAAUAUUCCAACCAAACCCCGAGGAUAAAGGCACACGCCCGAACAAAAAUGUCAUUUACGGCGAUGAGGACUUGGGAACUGUCAACCUUGAUGACCUAUCUGAUGUUACAUUCCGCAGGGUCAUAUCAGACGGGCAAAAGGUCUGGAGAUGAUUAGAAUAGUAUGCUACUAUAGUUCAAAGACACACAUAAUCUAGAAACGUAUUCCCCAUUUCGCAUGUCCUAUAAGCAACAACAGCGAAGUACAUCUCAAUCCAGUUACCCUGAAAGAGUUAAAGAUGACAGAUAGACAGUAGGCAGCCUAUUAGUUCAC